AUGAAGAAUUUCUUUGUUGCCGUUUUCUUCGUUUUGACUUUUGUCAAUUCGGAUCAAUUGUUGGCCGACUGGAACUCCCAGUUUUAUCCUGAUCGUUUUGCACAUACGUUAUCCUCAUCAAAGAAACAGGCUAACAUGGAUAUUGGGCUAAUUGCUGAUUAUUGGGCCAGGAAACUGGGAAAACAACAAAGUUUGGCCCUUUUAUCAGAAACAAUAAUUGCAGUAGAUAAUUUAAAGAAGGAGCUGAAGGAUUACGGGGCAGAUACUCGGGCCAUCAUUGAGGUCCUGGAUGGAAAGAUCGACGCAUUCAGUUGCACCUGUUCCGCUGAUGACGCCACGAGCAUUGGUAAAAUCCCCAGCUCCUGUCAAGAUCUAAAAGCUAUUGGUAAUACAGAAAGUGGACUCUACUCUGUACUGGGAAGUAAACAAGUCGAAACUGUUUAUUGCGAUUUCACCGAAGCAACUGACGGACCAGGUUUCCAAAAAUGGAUCGGUUAUCAAGACGUAAAAUCAAUGCCGACGUACUUCUACGUGCAGAAAACCAAAAGUUUUUCAGCUAAAAACACUCCGAUUCCGUUUGAGCGCGCGAUACUCAACAUCGGAGGAGCCAUGAAUUUAGAAAGCGGGAAAUUUAAAGCACCCGUUACGGGAACUUAUUUUUUCUCUUUUAUUGGACUCGUGCAAUAUCCAAUCACGUCUACGGUACUCAACGAGCUAUCCGUAAUGCUCUACCAGAAUGGCCAAGUGGUAGGAAGGGGUCAGUUUAACGAAGUCGAUGCCGUCAACAAUGUUUAUUACCUGAGUCCAGUAACCGUUCAAUCUACGCUGAUGUUGAAAGCCGGAGACGAGGUAUGGUUAGAGGCUAGUUACGUGUUGUUUAGCGUAGGCUAUCUAUUCGACUCCGAUGGUACCCGUUACACGCAUUUUAAUGGCUGGCUUUUAGAAGAAGACAUCGCCCAUUCAUUGUAAUUGUUUUAAAUUGGAUAAUAAAUUAAAAUAUACUUGUCUUAACUGGCGA